AAGCCAUUCAACAUCGACACGGUCCCAAUCUGCCUUUUUCUCGGGGACCCACACAUUAUACCCUCCGGGCAGUCACAAUGUCCUCCCAAAUCAGCAUCCAAACACGCUCCAUCUACCGCUCUAUUCUCCGCGAACUCCCCCAGCGCCCGCUCUCCUCCCCUUCGCCCCUCCAAAAACGAAUCCGGACAUACCUAGCGAACCCAGAGGGCCAAGCACCCGCAGACCUUGCACAGGCCCGUAUCGAGGAAGUGGAGCAAUUCAGCCAAUACCUAAGAGCCCAGAGGCAGUAUACAACUUUACUCGAACGGUAUAACCCUGGUGCAGAUGUGGAUGAGCAGGAACGCGUUCGGUUAACGGCGAGAAGAGUGGGAAUGGAUUUACCGGUGGGGUCUAAGGAUGCGAAUGCUGGUAAUGAAGGGAAGUCGUGAUUUCAGGAGCUAGUUCGUGCAUUUUGUUUGUCGACGGGAUGUAUUGUACAGGACAUACAUUCACACAUACGAUUACAGUCUCUUUUCCCUUUGGGCUUGACCGCGAUGGGAUGCUUCAGGACAGGGAGUUAUAGUCGUUGUGGGAUACUUCGUGCCCUAUUUUGACAGAAUGCGCUGCAGUACUGUUCAUGGGAGGUAUUCUUAGAACCGACUUGACCCUAUCCUCGACGGGGAAACUCGAUUGGUACACAUGAGGCAUCUAUCGAUUCUAAAGUUUGGAGACAUGAUCCUAGUUGCGUGCAUUAGCUUCCUGCCAUGCGAUGUACAAGUUCUCCGACAGAGUUUCCGAUAUUAAGGCUUCU